CGGGGCCAUCCAUAAAGCGGCGGCGGCGGCGGCGGGCCCCGCUCCCGGUGCCGCUCCGCUCCCGGCUCCGCCCAGCCAUGGCCGUGGCGCAGCGCAGGCUGUCCGUGGGGCUGGGGCUGGCCGGGCUGGCCUGCGCGCUCCUGGGGGGCUGCAUGCUGCUCCUGGGGCCGCUCAUUGUCAAGCAGCAGGUCAUCAAGAACGUCAGGAUCGACCCCAGCAGCAUCUCCUUCCAGAUGUGGAAAGACAUCCCUGUUCCUUUCUACAUGUCAGUGCAUUUCUUCGAAGUGCUGAACCCCAAGCAGGUCCUGCGGGGAGAGAAGCCAGUGCUGAGCCAGCGUGGGCCCUACGUGUACAGGGAGUACAGGGUUAAAACAAACAUCACAUUCCAUGACAACGACACUGUUUCCUUCCUGGAGUACCGGCACCUUUUCUUCCAGCCUCACUUGUCCAACGGCACUGAGGACGAGUACAUUGUUGUGCCAAACAUCAUGUUAAUGGGAGCAGCUGUGAUGGUGGAAAAACUGCCAAAUUUUGUCAAGCUUUUGCUGAGUGGAGCCCUGGCUAGCCUGAAGCAGGAGGCGUUCAUGAACCGCACGGUGGGGGAGAUCAUGUGGGGGUACGACGACCCCCUGAUAGAUGCAAUAAAUAUGAUCAUUCCUGGCCUGCUCCCUUUCAAGGGGAAGUUUGGAUUGUUCAUGGAUUUCAACAACUCCAACUCGGGGCUGUUCACUGUACACAGAGGCAUGAAGAACAUCAGCCAGGUUCACUUGGUGGAUUCAUGGAAUGGGCUCAAGAAGCUGAACUACUGGAGGAGCAGCCAGUGCAACAUGAUCAACGGGACAGCAGGGGAGAUGUGGCCACCCUUCAUGUCCCCAACCUCCCUGCAGUUCUACAGCCCUGAUGCCUGCAGAUCCAUGACGCUGGUGUACGAGCAGGCUGGGCACUUCCAGGGCGUGCCCACCUAUCGCUUCGUGGCACCCAAAACCCUCUUUGCCAACGGCACAGACUAUCCUCCCAACGAGGGCUUCUGCCCCUGCAUGCAGUCUGGCAUCCAGAACGUCAGCACCUGCAGGUUCAAUGCGCCGAUGUUCAUUUCCCACCCUCACUUCUACAACGCCGACCCGUCCCUGGUGAAUGCAGUGGAAGGCCUGCACCCCAGCAAGGAGCAGCACGGGCUUUUCCUGGAUGUGCACCCCAUGACUGGCAUCCCCAUGAACUGCUCCAUCAAGCUGCAGCUGAACCUGUACAUAAAGCACGUGUCUGGUAUCAUUCAAACAGGGCAGAUUAAGCCAGUGGUCCUGCCGCUGCUGUGGUUUGCAGAGAGUGGAUCCAUUGAAGGCUCAGUGCUGAAGCAGUUUUACACCAACCUGGUGCUGCUGCCCUCGGUGCUGGAGUACCUGCAGUACAUCCUCCUUGGCCUCAGUGUCCCACUCAUUGUCUCAGCAGCUCUCCUCAUGGCAAGGAGGAAGGAAAAAUGCUCUUUAUUUUGGAGUAGCAAUAAAAAGAGCUCAGACAGUAAUAAGGCAAACCAGGCCACCUCUGCCACAAAGCUGCCUCCAGUUAAGGGGACGGUGUUGCAGGAAGCCAGACUGUAGAGAGGAGCUGCCGAGAAGAGCCCCCGAGCCCCCGCCAGGCCGAGCAGAGCCAACCCCUCCUCUGAGACCACCCCGCUCCUGCAGGACAGCGACAGCCCCGGGCAGCUCGGAGCUGAGGCAUGAGCCAGCCUGGGACAGCUCCUGCAGGAAGGGACAGCCCCAGGCAGCACGGAGCCCAGGACUGAGCCAGGACAGCCCCAGGCAGCACGGAGCCCAGGACUCAGCCACCCCUGGGACACCUUCCUUGUGGGACACCCUCCCACUGGGACACUGAUCCCACUGGGACAGCUCCCCACUGGGACACAGCCACGCUGCAGGUGACACUGCUUGGGAUGCCCAGAGCUCUCUGGAAGGUGAAGUCCUGGACAGCUCAGCAGAGAUCCUGCACAGCACAGCAAAGCCAUGGUCCUGCUGCUCAGCAUUGCUGCUCAUCCAGACACCUCAACACAGUGUUCAAGAACCCUUUUGUCCCCAAGGGCCAGCCUGAGCCACUGCCCUUCUCUCCGGUGGAAUGAAGAUGGUUGCAGACUGAUCUGAGAAGUUAUUUGCAAUUUAAAACUGCCUAUUGCUAGGGAUAAAAGGCACUUUAAUGGCAGCCUUUAAAAUAAAUGAGGUUUGUAUAGGUAGCACUGAUGGGAUUUAGUGAUCUUUUUAAAAGCCACUGUUCAUCUCACCAAAUGGGGCACGCUGUCCUGGAACCACUCACAGUUUUAUUGCCCCUUGAUGUGACUUGAAGUGCUGCAAAUCAUUUCUGGGUGCUGUCACCUCAGUGAUGGCUCUUCCCACAGUACCUGGAGCCUGCCUGGGGUUGCUGCAGCUUUUGCAUGUGUUGGAGAGCAGUGGUGCCUUUGAGAGCCCCAGUUCUGUGCCAUGGCCUUGUGCUCCACAGCCAUCCCAGCUCAGCCCUGCUCAUCUCUCCUGGCUCUGGGUGGCUGUGUGAGAUGAGCCUUGGCAGGAGCUCGGGGGUACAUCUGAGCUGUCACUCAGCUCCUGGCACUUGUCCCUGCUGCCUGCUCAGCCAUCUGGGAUCAGCUCCUCUGGCCGUGGCCAUGGGCACUGGGAGGCACUGGGAGGCACUGGGAGGCACUGGUCACAGGGAGGGGGAGGCUUGGCCCUGUCCUUGGCGUGGUAAUGAAGAUAUUUGUGCUUUUGAGAAGCAGGAAUAUUUGCAAUCAUGGAAGUAACAAUGGCCUUAAGUAGGGUUUGAUUAAAGUAUUGCAGAUUUCUGAAA